AUGUGGGGAUCUCGACCUCGAGGGACACCGCAGCGGUUUGGCGCUCCCGGAGUAGAUGGUGAGAACAUCAACAUAUGUUGGUCUCCCGACGGAAGCACUAUUGCUGUAGGCAACAAGGAAGAUCUGGUCACAUUCAUUGAUGCAAAAACUCACAGAUCAAGAGCUGACGAACAAUUCAAAUUUGAAGUAAAUGAAAUAUCUUGGAACAACGAUGGUGAUCUCUUCUUCUUGACAAGUGGUCAAGGCAGCAUACACAUCCUCAGUUACCCAGACCUGAAGCUACAGCAUGUCUUGAAUGCACAUCCUGCAAACUGUAUUUGUAUUGAGUUUGAUCCAACUGGUACUUACUUUGCCACUGGGAGUGCAGAUGCUCUUGUCAGUCUGUGGGAUGCAGCAGAGUUUGUGUGUGUGCGAACGUUCUACAGACUGGACUGGCCAGUGAGGACACUAAGCUUCAGCUGUGAUGGGAAAAUGCUGGCUUCAGCCUCAGAAGAUUUGGUGAUUGACAUAGCAUAUGUGGAAACAGCUGAGAAACUUGCAGAAAUCCCAUGUGAAACGCCAACAUUUACAGUUGCCUGGCACCCAAAACGACAUCUACUGGCAUUUGCAUGUGACGAUAAACAUGAACGUGAUCGAGACUCUGGUUUGGUCAAAGUUUUUGGCUUCCCUGAUUCUUGAGGAUUCAAAGUUACAAAUGUAAAUCCAUCUCAAUGUGUUAACUAUAAGUAAAUUAGGGAUGAGAAAUGUCAAAAUGUGAGACUACAUAAGAAAUUUCCUUGUUUACUCAUUUGACUUGAUUACCCAUCUGUCAGUGAAAUAUCACAUUGUGAUGGACUGGCUUGCUGCAUUUACUGAUAUCAUCUGCUGUUCACAUGUUACACAUUGUUUUUGACAGAGGAGAAACUAAUCAUUCAUAUGGUUCAUACUUGUAUUAUCCUGAUUCUCAGUGAACUCAGUGACUUCUGUGGAGGUCAGCCAUCACUGUUUGUCAGGGAGAUGUGACCAGCUACAAUGUGGAGGUCAGUCAUCACUGUUUGUCAGGGAGAUGUGACCAGCUACAAUGUGGAGGUCAGUUAUCACUGUUUGUCAGGGAGAUGUGACCAGCUACAAUGUGGAGGUCAGUCAUCACUGUUUGUCAGGGAGAUGUGACCAGCUACAAUGUGGAGGAGUAUAUAAUGAAGCAGCCCAUGUAAAAUUUGGACAUCUCGGGGAUAUCACAGAAUCAUAUAGAAUCAUUACUAUAACUGGAAAAUAAGUUGCAUCAAGGUCAUAAAAGUUGAAGUUCAUUUACUGCCUAAAUCGAGAAGACAUUACUUUAGUCCCAUGUAACUUGAUAAAUCAUUAAGGAAAGGUUCCUCCUUUGCAUGAAGUGAAAGUUAUUAGUAAUGUAUGGCUGCCAUGUUCACUGAAUGACUGCAGAUGUUUGCAUGUAGUAGCUAUGUCAUAUACUUCUACAUGGCAGGUGCUGGCAUUCAGAUUGUAUCAGUGGUAGUUCACGUGGACCUACUGCAUACAAGUAGCGUUUGUUGGAGUUUUACUUGAGGAUAUUGUAUUUGGAUUAUAUUUUGGUUAGCCAUCUGGAAUACUUGUCACUGAUCUUAAAGGUUGAAUAGACCUUCGUAUAAAUCAUGUUCAUAAUAACUCAAGAACAUCCACUGUUAUUGAGGAUAAACCUUGGUUCCUAUCACCCUUAGGAUGGAUCAUUGAAGUUGUGAUCAUUCAUGAGGUGUUUUGCUUCUUUGUGUAAUGAACCAACCCCUUGUGUUUUUAUAUCAUGAAUUUAGGAGCUGGCCCCCAUGUUUUCAACCCAAUCCAGCAAGUGAUUAUCUGAAAUUAAAGUUGAGAGUCAUUAAAUCAAAUGAUCUUAAUACUCUCUGAUUUAGGUUAAA